AUGCUUGAAAUGUCACCCGAAAGCUUGAACGCCAAAAGGAUGAUGACAGGAACUGCGUCACUGAUACAGUUAAUCACUUCAGCCCCGUCUGGAUCGCCGCGGCAAUUACCGUCAAGAAAAAGAUGGAGAGAGAUUUUGCGGCCUAGCAAGAGCUCUAGCUCCAAGCAGGUUGUUCAGUCCAAAUACAAUGCUAACCACAGCAGUAGCUAUGCUUCUCCCGUGUCCAACUCGGAUGAAACAAUGGAAAGUACAACCCCCUUUCCUCCCAUGUCGAUACAAGAAUCUUUGCUAACACCACCACACAUAUGUACUCCUAGCUUUGGAAGUAAAACUUCAUCCAGCUUACUUGAAAAAGUUUACAGUACACCAAAUACAACUCCAAAAAGCAUCAAUUUCGUUGAGACCCCGAGCAACAAGAGUAGCAAUUCGAUGGGAGGCUUUUCAUACCCCCACAAAAUGCAUUCUGAAAGGUUAGAUCUGUCGUUUGCCACCAUCUUGCACAACAAUGUUCCGCGUUUGAAUAAAAGAAAAAAUAGUCAAGCGUCAUCAACGAAAACAACCAAUUCAUCGAAGAACCUGCUAGAAAACACAUGCUUCAUUUGUUCAGAAUUGUUGCUGAAUAUUUUGCAAAGCGAGCGGGUUUUAAAAUUAAAUUGUGGAGACCUGGUUCAUUCUGAAUGCUUUAGAACAGCGUUUGGGAAAGAACUAUCUAGUCAUAGAAGCAACAACGAAGGGCUGAAUACGGAAUUACCGAAGCCAUGUUAUGGCUCUAUUUGUAAAGGUGAACGCGUGAUUACUAUCGAUAAUCGAAAUUUGAACUCAUUAAUGAAAAGGGCAUAUACGGCACUUACUCCAAAACGGCCAGCUCCUACACAACCAAGGGCCAAGGAAAAUGGUGUUGCUUCUGAAUCAAAAUCACCAAAGUCACAAAGCAUCAACUUCAAGGCGCUAAGGUCUACAUUAAAUCCACAUUUGCAACAUUUUGAGCCGUCAAGGAGAAGUUCUGCUAGGAAUAGAAAUACCAUGGUGUCAAGCAUACGAUCUCCAUCACCUGUGAAUACAAUUUCAACGACCAUGACAGACUCGUACAAUGUAAACGGUUUUGACAAUGGACAAAGCACUGAAAUUGUUGUGAAUCAGCUAAUGCAAUACCUAUUGGGUAAUUGUGCUACCUUGAAUCUAGCCAAGUUGUUUCAUUUAGGUAUUUUACGAGUAGCUGAUCAGUUGCUAGUUAAAGUCGAUGAUGACGCUUUAUUUAGGGAAAAAUAUUGUUAUCUAUUUGAGAACUCCGUUAUGCUUUGGGACAAAAUUAACGACGCGGUCUUUGUACCAGUAAAUAAUGCUAAAAUUACAUGUAAAGGCUCCAUAGUGUUGAUAGUUCCGACAGGAGGAAACGUGCUACAGCUUUCGCUCCAGUCUCAUUUAAGCUCGGUUAUUGAAAAGUGGGCGAUUGUCUUGAUGGAUUUUUCAGUGGAAGUGCCCGGUUGUAAGGUUACCAAUACGAUAGAUUUGGUGUCAAAAGCGCCUGAAAUGCUGAACAAGAGUGUAUUUGGAGGGUUUUUGGGAAACAAAAUAAGUCCAAUCAUUGAUCUGCCGCGAACAAGCUAUAAAACUGACCCUAACUUUCCGCUUGGCAACUUUAAUUCUCAUAGCAUGAUAUCAACUGAUUCUCUAGUCGAGAAAGAAUUAAGUUUAGAGAAAACAAAGAGUGCAAUGUCAAUCGAUGAUGAUGAUGAUUGCGAUUCAGACGCAGAUUCGGACGAGGAGCUUAUUCAAAGAGCGUUGAAAAAGGUCAAUACAGAACGAAUCAACUUACGAGAGUUGCAUAGCUUGAUAUCUGAAGUAGAUCAAAUGCUUUAA